CACUACUGCUAUGGUGACUUCCCUUCCCUGCCUCUCUUCCUUCCUUCCUCUCCUGCUCCUCUUCUUCUUCUUCCUCUUCUUCCUCUUCUUCCUUUUCUUCUCUUCUUGUCACUCCUUCAGUCCUUACCUCUUUAUCUACUGACUAGAUAAAUACUAACUACCUAUCUUAACCACCCACCUCUUUCUUCCCUCCCUUUCCUCGGCGCUUAGAUCUCUCUCUCUCUCUCUCUGUGUGUGUGUGUGUGCAUGGCUCGCUUGCGUGCCUAUUGCCUCAGUCUGUCUUUCUCGCUGCUGUGAAUAAUCUUUCUUCAUCUCUUCCACCAUGCAGUCUUUACAGAAAUCCGCUCUCUACACUCGCCUAAGAGAGAGCUUAUGGAAUCCCAACUCUCCCCCCGGAGACCCUCGCAAAAGUGUCAAGUGGAUCGAUGGUCUUCGUGGUAUUGCCUCUUUCCUCGUCGUCCUCACUCACCUCGCCCGUGCCUGGGACUAUGAUCUCUUCGCGCCAAGAGACAAGGAGGGUGUGCCUCCACGCGUUCUCCAGUGGCCCAUUCUUCGCAUUCCAUGGCAGGGACGACUUGGGGUUACCAUCUUCGCCUUUCUGACCGGUUAUGUGUGUGCGUUGAAGCCUCUGAAGCUGUCGCGGGCUGGCAAUCACCUCAGUGCUUUCUCGACCGUUGCCAAGAGCGCCUUCCGCCGCCCUCCGCGCUUGAUCCUCCCAGCCACUAUUGCCCUGUUCAUCUCCUGGGUCAUGGCUCAAUUUGGUGCCUUCGUGGUCGCCAACCGCUCGGAUUGCUGGUGGUGUCGAUAUGCCGCUCCCGACUUGGAGGAUUCCUUCUUCAAAGAAGUCAUCCGGCUGGGAGCGAACUUCCUCAGCACAUGGACAACCGGGUACAUGGCCUAUGAUGACCACCAGUGGGCGUUGCUGCCGCUGUUGAAGGCUUCGAUGCUCGUCUAUGUUUUGCUCUGCGCCACCAUGUACGUCCAGUUCCGGUAUCGCAUUGCCAUCUACAUCGGCAUGAUGCUCUACUUCCAUCAGGACGCCGCCAAGAACACGGAAACCUUCCAACUUCAGGCUGUCUAUGGCAUGCUGCUGAGUGAUAUGUCGUACGACUCCACCUGCCGCUCCUUGAUCGAAACCCACCGCUGGCCGCGCCGGAUCAUCGCCAUCCUGGUGACGAUCGCCGGCCUCUUCAUCUGCUCCUACCCCGGGGAACACCCCGAAUGGGCCACCUGGUCCGACUAUAUGUUCAGGAUCGCCCAAUACAUCUUCCCUCCAGAAGUGAACAUUGGCAAGCGUUACAGUGCGAUCGGUGUCGACAUGAUCAUCUUCGCCAUUUUCAUCUCUCCGGGCACGCAGUCCUUCCUGGCCAAUCGCCUGCUACUCUGGCUUGGCAAGCAGAGUUUUGCCGUCUAUCUGGUUCACGGGACUCUUCUCCGCACCGUUCUCUGCUGGAUGCUCUACGGCAUCACCGGCCAACCGUGGGAGGAAACCGUCGACGAGAACGGCCAGACCGUCCUUCCGCCUUGGUUGCCAAUCCGCCCACCUUGGGUUGUUGCCCUUUGUAUCCCUCUCUGGAUUGGGCUGGUCUACCUCGUGGCGUCCCUGUGGACUGCAUAUGUCGACCCUCUCUGUGCCCGCCUAACGGCGUGGUUGGAGAAGAAGGUCUUUGAUGAGCAAGACGAGAAGGCCUCCGAACUGCCGUUGCAGUUGCGGCCGAUGCCGACGACAUAAACGCCACGAUUGGCUACCCAAUCAAGCGGAUUUCUCCCGAGAGCAGCAGGUGAAGGCAGGAUUUCUUUCUGGCU